UUAAUUUGUAUUAUUUUAGCAUGUGUUAAAUACUGUAAAAUCGAUUGUUUACCAUUUAAAUGAUGUCAACUUGGUUAAGAUGACACAAAAAAUGAUUGCUUUGCCAAUACAUAAUGUUAAACUACUCGAUGACAUAACGGAAAUAAUAUUUGAUCGAGCUUUAAAAAGACAAAAUUAUACACAUAUAUACGCCCAGAUGUGUGCAUGUAUGAUAAAUGACCCCAAGUUUAAUAAACUUGCUACAGAUACUAAAAUUACAUUUCAAAAAGUUCUAUUGAAAAAAUGUUACGAUGUAUUUUAUACAAACUAUCGACAAGAAUUAAACAAAUUGAAAGAGAAGAUGAAAAAUGAUAAAAUGGUAUACAUACUAUUAUUUGUUUACCAGGUACCGAAGAGGCGUAUGUCCACUUUAAACAAUUUUCAAUUCGAUUUUAAUAAAAAAUCCAUAUGCAAUUGCAGAUUUAUUGGCGAACUCUUUAGAAAGGGUGCUGUUCCAGAAAAAGUUAUUUUGUCAUGCAUUAGAGAUUUAAGUAAAGAAAAUUAUGAAAAUUAUGAACUACAAAUGCAUUGUUUAUGUACAAUACUACAACUAGUAGGACCAAUAUUAUCAAAAACGUCAUAUGAUUUGAACAAACCAGUGAAUAAGCUUUUACCCUCUAUAAAUAACCAUGGCAUGUCAACUACACUAAAAUGUUUAAUACAGCAAGUAAAAAAAAUGCAUUCCAAGGGUUGGAUGGAUGAGGGAAAAAAAUAAAAAGCGGAGUAGUUAAUCAAUUAAAACAGAAGUUUGUGUCACCACACGACGAUCUUUUAGUACCUAAUGCAAGCAAAUUCAAUAAUUGGAAAAACUGGUCUUUGUGUAAAUUUAAUUAUUAUUGUAAACCUUUUUGACUAUAUUGUAAAAUGAUAACUCAUUAUAUGUAUUUAAUAUGUUAUGUGUCAUAUUUUUCAU